AUUGAUCGUCGAUUAACACAUGAUUCAAAAACUUUAUUUUCAUUAACAAAUAAUCCAAUAAAUAAUUAUCAAAAAAAUUCUUUAUUAAAAAUUUUACCAAUUGUUAAAUCACAAAGUAAUUCUGAUACACCACAAAUUAGACACAGUAGAUCAAGAUCUCAUUUAGGUAAAUUAAAAAAUACAAAAGAAUUAGUUGCAAUAAAAUUUAAUGAUAAAGAUGAAUCUAAUAAUGAUAAUGAUGAUAAUUAUGAAGACAAUGAAAGACUAGAAAUUGAUGAUGAUGAUAAAUCUUGGUAUUCAAGUUUACCAACAUUAACAAAUGAAACAACAGAUAAAUUAUUUGACUUUGAAGAUUUUAUGAUUGAAGAUUUAAAUGUUGAUAAUAAUGGAAUAAAAAUUGAUAAUAAAUCAAAUGUACAAGUUGAUAUUGUAACACGUUUUUUACGUAUUAUUGAAAAUCAACAAUCAUUAGGUGAAAAUUGUACAGCUGGUACUGAUUUAAAUCUUGGUGAAGGUGUUGUUGAUCGUUAUGCACAAGAAAGAUUUCGUCUUGAGGCAAAUUUUGCUGUUAAUAGAGCAAAUAUGUUAACACGUUUAUGGAAAUAUGCACCAGAAGUUAUGCUAUCAUCAGAAUAUCUUUUACAUGCUGGUGUAUUAUCAAUGGUUGAAUUUGAUGAAGAUAUAUUUGCUGCUGGUAAUUGUUAUGAUAAAAUGCAAUAUAGAGAUCGUUGGCUUUAUUGUCCAUUUGCUCAUAGAUUACAAGGACAAGAUGGUAUACUUAUUAAAGAUCUUGCUGUUGAAUAUAAAUAUUUAACAAAUAGCAGUGAAUGGUUUUUCAUUGCUAGAAAAAAUGCUGAACGUGUUAUUGCUAAUAAUGAUCAAUUUAGUCGUGGCUACCACACUUACACCCGCAAUGGAAGUACUCACACUGACAGAAUUGAUGAUGAAAUUUUAACAGUGAGAUAUGAAGAUGGUCGUUGGUCAAAACCUUACUAUGACUGUGGUGGUGGAAACAUCUGGAUGUUGACCUACACUGUUCCUUUUUUUGGUUUCGCCAAUGACACAUACUUUUUCAAAGGUACUAGUGGAAUUGACAUAGAUUUGCGAAGAGUUGAUAUUGACCAAUGCCCACUGCCAGCUGGUUCAACACAGCUUAAUAUAUUUGCUGCAAGCGACAAGUGCAAAAAACGUACAACUGAGUGUGUCGCUAUUCCUGGUCUCGGAUUUAGACGUGGAAGUUAUCGAUGUGUCUGUCAAAAAGGUUUUUAUUAUCCUGAUACAAAAUCAACCGAGAGAUAUUACAAUGGAACGGUCAUAGAAGAAGAAUAUGAAAAGCUCAUGAUUGGAGAAGACAGCCAAUAUGCUCUAGAUGGAAUAUUUGAGUGUCUACAAUGUGCUGAAGGUUGUGAGUCUUGUGAGGAUGGUUCACCCUGUGUCGUUUCCCUCAAUUGGCUCAUGAGAACAGCUAUACUCAUAUUAGAGUGCUGUAUCAUUGCAUGUCUACCAGCAGUUAUACUUUUUACAUGGAAAUUUGGCAACGUCAAGGUUGUAAAAGCUGCAAGUCCAGUUUUACUGAGGGUUAUUGUUCUUGGUGCAUUUUUUAUUUAUUCUACAACUAUCGUGAUGUAUCCACGUCCAAAUGUUGUGACCUGUACGAUAAGAGUAUGGCUUCGGGAAAUUGGUUUUUCUCUUACAUACGGUGCUCUGAUGCUAAAAACAUGGAGGAUAUCCGUUAUAUUUCGUGUGAGAUCAGCAAAAGCAGUAAAAAUAACAGACAUGAAUUUAUUAAAACGUCUGGGAAUAAUAGUCACGAUAUUCAGUGUAUUUCUUGGUAUACGAACAAUUGUAGCACCACCAGUUGUAAUUGUUGGACGUACUGCUGAUGAUCUAAAAGCUUAUCUGUGUCAAACAAAUUGGUGGGAUCAUAGCUUUACAACUCUGGAAGUUAUGUUUCUUAUAUGGGGAAUAAGACUUUGUAUUGUCGUACGUAAAGCACCAUCUGAAUUUAACGAAAGUCGUUUUAUCUCAAUGGCAAUUUAUAAUGAAUUUCUACUUUCAGUAUUUCUCAAUGUUUCCAUGUUUUUUCUUCAAUCACCAGCCAAUCCGGAUUUACUUUAUAUAAUUUUUUUUUGUCACACUCAAUUGACAGUAACUCUGUUACUUUGUCUAAUAUUUGGUAGCAAGGCUUAUGUCGUAUUUCGUGGUGGUGGAAAAGAGGAUUCAAUUGGAAAGCUUCCAGGUACAACUGGUAAAUUUAUUGGUAAAUCGUGUCGUGCACAGGCUGCCAGUAACCAGACCAAUUCCAUUUCUCUGCAACAGGCUAAUUUUACUGAGGAAGGAGAUGGUAUUACGGAAGAAUUUCGUCGACUUUAUGGACAACUUGAAUUAUUAAAAGAAAAAAAUUUACGUCAGGGUAAUCGUCAUUUGGCAAAUAAAAUAUUAGCAAUGCAAGAUGCUGCAAAUCGUACUGAGCCAAAUAUAUCAACAAUCCAAGCAAUAUCAUCAAGUUUGAGAUUAAAUGAUCAACCAAAUACAAUUGUUGAUGAAUUAGAAAUGGUUGUAAAAGGAGAAAAUGAAUCUUGUAUUGAUAGUAAAUAUAAUAUCAAUAAUAAUAUUUCUAAUAAAAUAAAAAAUAAAAAAUUUAUAAAUAAAAAUAAACCAAUUAAAAUAUUAAAUGAUGAUAACAGUGAUGAUUUACCAUCAACAUCAUCACAAAAAUCACAUGAUAAUAUUGAUGAUAAAAAUAAUAAAGAACCAUUAAAAUGUGAUAAUAAUUUUGAGCCAAAUAAUGACGAUAAUGAUGAUGAUAAAAUGACAAAUGUUAUUUCAGUUAAAACUGAUAAUUAUGAUGUGGUGGUAGUCGAUGAUAAGUCAAGUGAUCAAAAUCAAGAUCAGGAUAAUAAAAAAUCCGGCCAUGCUCGUACACAUGCUAUUGUCAUUAACCUUGAUGACAACAGCAGAUUUUCUGAAGAAGUUACUGUGUAAUUAAUUAUCUUCUCUUGCUUUUUUCUUUAGUGUUGUAUUUUCUUCUCCUUUUAAUUUCGUGAUAGUUGAUAAAUCUUUAUUUGCUUCAAGUAGAUAGCAAUUUAAAAAAAAUAAAUUUAAAUCAAAAUAUUAUCCCGAAUCAUUAAAUUAACAUGGGGAUAUAUGUGUGUGUGUGUGUGAGUUGAUGAUCUUUUAAUGUAUUUAUAAAAAAUUUUUCUGUAAUAUAAAAAGCAUACGUGAUGUUAAAUAUUAUUCAUUAAUUUAUUGUGAUAUCAUAUUAAAUAUUUCAUUUAUUAUUAACAAAACUGAAAUAUUAAAUUUGAAAAUUCAUUACAAUUUAAAUGACACCUUAAUUAUUUUUUUUUUAAUUAUUAAUCUUAGAGAGGAGAGAAAUCUUUGAGAGAAAAAAGUUCUUCCUAUAAUUUAUUAAUUAUUUUCUUAUUUUUAAAUACACUGAUUUAAUAUAAAAAAAUUAAAUAAUUUUUCGAGUAAAGCUUUGUUUUAGAUGUAUAAAUUUUAAUGUAUUAUUUUUAGCAAUUAAAAAUUUAAUCAAUGUAUUUUAAUUGUUUCAAAUUGAGAUUGAAAAAAAAAUAUAAAAAAUAAAAAAUUUUUGAGCUUUUGUAAAGUGUAAAUAUGAUUUAUGAAUAAUAAAUAUUAAUUACGAUAAUUAUUUAUACAUAAUUGAUCGUUAAUUAUUUAACGCUAAUUAAUGUAGCAUAAAAUUUUUAUUUGUUAUUAUAAUAUUAUAAUUGAAUUUAUUACGAUAAAGUGAAUAUAAUAAAUUGCCAUAUUUUGAGCUUUAUCAAGACAACAUAGUGAUAGUAAUUAUAGGCAAUGAAAAAAUAAAAAAAAAUGAUGACAUUUUUUUUUUUUUAUCAUGAUAAUAAUAAUAUUAAAAUAUUUAACUGAAUAUUGUAAAUAUAUUUUAUUUCUUUUAGGUAAUUAUUUUGUUGCCAAACAAUUUGGUUUAAAAUUUUAUGCAAAACUUUUGCAAUUUAAAAUUUUAUAUACGUCCAAGUUUGUUAUUUUAUUUUUUAUCUUUAAUUUAAAAUUAAUAAAAAUUACAUUUUAAUAUUGAACACCAUUGAAAAAUAUCUCGGAUAAAUUUGAAAUAAGAAAAAAGUUUUUUAAAAAAAAUACACAGCAGCCGCAUGCACUUUGAAAAUUACAUGAAACUUAUCUGUCUGAUUAAAUAUUGAUUUAAUUCCCUUAAAAAUUUUUCAAUGAUAAAAAAAAUAAUUUAAUCUAGUUUAUUUAUUGAAAAAAAAAUAUAAUUAAAUUUGGAUAAAUGUAUAUUAAAAUAUACUAAAUAAUAAUAUUUAAAAAACAUCAAGUUUUUAAAAUUAAAAAAUACAAUUAAUUGACAUUUUGUGUCUAGUUUGUAUAAAAUUUUUUUAUGUAAUUGUUAGUGUAUCUUAUUAAUUAUAAGUAUAAUAUUAUUAUGAUGAUAAUAUUUUGGCAUCGUGCAUUGAACAUAUCAAUUUAAAAAAUUUUAAACAUACAUUAAUUGUAAAAUUGUUUUAUUUUUUUAAAAACUAGUCAAUUUUAUUAUUUUUAUUUUCAAUUAAAAGCUUUUAUUGUAUUAAAUUUACUACCAAGAAAAUGAUCACAAUGAGGAGGUAAUAUGAGCCCCAAUAAAACGACCCUUUGAGAUUGUCAAAUUUAAUUAAAUAAUACCACGUGACUGUUAUAACAAUCACACACGUAAUCAAGAUACAUAUUGUAUUACAUUAAUUAACUAAUUGGUCAAAUACUUUUGAUAAUUAUUUUUAACAUUAUCAAAAUUCAAAUUAAUACUUUAUCUAUUUUUUUACACAAACUCAUUAGGCAUAAUAAUUUUUAUUAUUUCAAUUAAAUAUCAUAUUUCAUUGCAUAUUUCAGAUACUAUUAAUUACAAAUUUUUCAGCAUCAAAAAUAUUGAAUUAAAUUAAUUAUUCAGUCAAUCAGUUG